GCUCCUUUAUCUCCGGGGCUCCCCGAGGCGUUGAUGGAAGUGCUCUGACAGAAACACAGCCCAGGGACAGGCAGGCCGUCGGCGGCUGUCAGCGCUGCUGAAAGAGUCACUCCAGAAGGGGAAGCGUCAAGCGCGGCUCGAGGGGGCGGGGACAAAGGGCGGGAGGGAACUUGAGUGCAGGUGACACCAAGUUCGGCUUGCUUGCUUGCUUGCGUAUAUAUGUCAGUGCCUGUGUUUGUAUUCUACCUCAGAUGUUUCCCUCCUUCCCGCCUCCUUCCAAAAAACCCACCAAAAAACCGAGGCUGUGAGGGAAUUAGAACCAGGAGCGCGUUAUCAUAAUCCCCAGUUGCCUGGGGAGAGACGGCCAGAGACAGGGCACUGAGAGAGAGAGAGGGGGCAAAAGAGCAGUAAAAUGCACCUGAAAGACAAAGUGGCUCUGGUGACGGGGGCAGCGCAGGGCAUAGGCAGAGCCUUCGCCCAGGCACUGUUGGAAAAGGGCUGCAAGGUAGCUUUGGUGGAUCAGAAUGUAGAAGUAGGUAAAGCAAGCAAAGAUGCCUUGGACAAGCAGUUUGAUGUACAGAGGACCAUCUUCAUUCCUUGUGAUGUUUCAAAUGAAGAACAAUUGAAAGAUGCAUUUAAGAAGGUAGUUCAGCAUUUUGGAAAGUUGGAUAUUUUAGUCAACAAUGCUGGAGUGAAUAAUGAAAAAAACUGGGAAGUCACAGUACAAAUUAACUUGAUUUCAAUGAUUAGAGGAACAUAUAUUGGCCUAGAUUAUAUGAAAACAGAAAAUGGAGGCAGCGGUGGCGUUAUUGUUAAUAUAUCCUCACUAGCAGGACUUGUGCCUGUUGCACACCAACCAGUCUACUGUGCUUCAAAGCAUGGAGUAGUUGGAUUCACACGUUCAAUAGCUAUGGCUUCUAAAAUAGGAAAUUAUGGUGUACGAAUCAAUACAAUCUGUCCUGGCUUUGUCAAUACACCAAUUCUUCAGUCAAUUGACAAGGAAGAAAACAUGGGCCAAUAUUCAGCAUACAAAGAAGAGAUCAAAGAUAUGAUAAAAUUCUAUGGUAUACUAGAUCCACCACUAGUUGCUGAAGGCCUGAUAAAAAUUCUUGAAGACGAUGCAUUAAAUGGAGAAGUUAUGAAGAUCACAACAAGCCAAGGGAUUCAUUUUCAUGAAUACACUCCACUACCUUUUCAGUCAACAAAGCAAUAAAUUCUAUUACUCAGCUGUUUAUUUUGAGCAAAAAUAUUAUUUGCUUUCCAGAAGCAACUUUGGGAUGAGUGGUUAAGAUUGGCCAAUGUUAAAAGUUCACGUGAAUUUUAACAAUUGCUGUCAAUAUCUCAUGUGAAGGACUAGUAAUAUUGCCAAAUGAUUUUUGAUGUUAGAAAUGUUAUAUAAUUGUUACUUAUUUUUAUACAUUUCAAUGUCUGUAAGAAUAUUUGAGUACUACUGAAUUGUAUUUGUAGCAAAACAUUAAACAACUAAAUUAUACAUAUCAGAGAACAAUAAAGGCUUUGAUGUGAUAUGGGAGCUCCAUAUUUGGAGUUUCCAAUGUCAUUUCCUUUUGCAAAAAAACAACAACCGUGGAGGGCUCGACCACCAUGCUGGAUCAGGACAAUGGAGGCUAAGGAAGUCUGAACCUUUCUCACAUAUGUACACAUAGUAGUGCCAUAUGUUUUUCCAAAUAGGGCAAAUGUCAACUUUGAGCUAGGCAAUUUUCAGUGAAGAAGCAGCAUAGGGGGAAAGGUUUCAACUCCCUCCUCCUCUGCACCUUGAUUGAAAUCUCCCCAUAGCUGCUUUGUGUAAAAUGAAAAGUCAUUAGGAGCUUGAAACAUGGAGCUCUCAUGGAUGGCAUCCUGACAAAUGAACUGCUGGUGAAAUAGUGUUGCAUUCCAGACCAAGGAUCCAAAAUAACAAAAAGUGGUCUCCCCUUCCACAGCUGCCUGCAUAACCUGAAAAUAUGCUCCUGAGGUUCAGGGACAUAUUUUGGGAUGGCACAGAAAGCUGCAGAAGAGGAGAUCAUUUUUCCUUAGUCUGCAAUGCAACACGGUUGCACCAGCACCUAAUUAGAUAGGACAUCAGUCCAUGGGGCUGUUCUUACGAUCACAAAAAUCGGGCUAAUCCUAGCCCAAUUUUUGUGAUCGUAAGAACCACCAGGCUCGCAGCCAAGCCCGGUGGUUCUGGAGCGGCUAACCCGCUCCUGUAGCCCACCCCUUAGCCUGGAUUUGCGGAGCAAGUGCUCCACAAACCCGGGCUAUCUGCUCAUGAGUAGCCCCCUGGCCGAGAGGCUUAAAAGCAGCCUCCUGGCUCGGGGGUCUCCCCAGUAUGCCCUGCACGCUCACGCAGGGCAUAUUGGGGCUUCUGGGGGCCACAUGGCCCCCGAGCUCCCCAGCCCCUGCCGGCUCCGUCUCAGAGCCGGACAUCGUGUGGGCGGCCGAUCCAGCUGCCCAGGGCUCCCUACCCGCUUGUGAGCGGGGAGAGUGGGCUUAGCCCGCUCUUCCCGUUCACGGCUAGGAACCGGGUCUCACUGGUCUUGUGGUAGAUAGGGCUGAGAGAGAUUCCUGCCUGCAACCUUGGAGAAGCCGCUGCCAGUCUGUGAAGACAAUACUGAGCUAGAUAGACCAAUGGUCUGACUCAGUAUAUGGCAGUUUCCUAUGUCACGUAUUUGGCCUUUAGUUGACAAAUAUGCUUGUGCCAUUUAGAACAUCAGUAGACUUGAAACAGGAUCAAGCUUCAGCUUUUUAGAAAGACAAAGAAUAGAUCAGGUCAAGAUAAUAUUAAUUACUUAGGAUGAUGGAUGAAUUAAAAAUAUUUAAUGUUAAUGGCUUGAAUAGAAAAACAAAAAAGCACACAUCAUUUGCCUUCAAGCAAGUCACAUUAAGAUGAGUAAUGCCAAUUUAUUGGACUUCAAAUUUCUUGGCCAAAGUUAUGUAGCCGCCGGGGAUAAGGGAAAAAAAUGGAGUGGCAAUUUAUAUCAAGAAUUUGUUAUGGAACUUGGAGGAACAAACUCAAGGUAAAGCUGGCAGAUAUACUGAAGUUCUAAACCUAACAACAACAUAAAAUCAUGAUUCCUUCAAUUUAUUCUCCAAAUGACAAUAAAACUGGAUUUUAUAAACAAUUUUUUCAGUCACUGCUUGAGAUAGCUGAAGGAGAAAUUUUAGUGAUGGGAGACUGGAAUUCAGUUUCUUGCUAGUUUUUGAUAAAACAGGAGGACACAAUAAGAAUUCUGGCAAAUUGCCAAGAAAUGUGUUUAACUAUAUGGCGCUUCUGUCUUUAGAAGAUGUAUGGUGAUAUAAACAUCCCUUGGAGAAGGGCUAUACCUUUACGGAAGACUUCAGAUGAAACAUUUAUUUCUAUUUGAGGGCCUUUAAUAAUUUACAAUUUAGCACAGGUCAACACCCCGUGCUAAAUGAGGUCAACACCCUCAUUCAAGAUUUGGUUUUUCUUUCUAGAAUACAUGGUUAAUUAAAGUGGUAUUUCUGUGUUUUGUUUUUUUAAAAAAAUGUUUGUUUGUUUGUUUGUUUGUGGGGGGGUUUACAAUUCUUGGCAAGGGCAGUUUUGUGUAGGUGUGUGUGUGUUUUUGGAAGGUGGAGAACAGAGGGCUGCUGAGCCUUAGGGAUGGGCCCGGACCAGUCCGGAGGCCAUUCUAAAGGCCUCCGGACCGGUCAGGACCUGGCCAGUUCAGGUGGGGGGUUCCUUUAAGGGCGGGGGAGGGUUUACUUACCCCUCCUGCCGCUUUCCCCCCUCCAGCGCGCAUAUUCUAUGUAGUAAUUGGGGCGGCAGGAUACCUCCCUGCCGCCCCUUCUCCCACGAGUGCCAAAGGCUGCAUGGAGCCUUUUGCACACGCGCACGCCACACACGCGCUUCACGUCUCCGCGACGUGUUUGCGUGCGGGGCCAGCAGGAGGUAUCCUGCUGCCCCAAUUACUACAUAGAAUACGCACGCUGGAGGGGGGAAAGCGGUGGGAGGGGUAAGUAAACCCUCCCCCACCCUUAAAGGAACCCCACACACAGUGCCGGACCGCAGCUCUGCGGUUCCGUGCACACCCCUACUGAGCCUCCUGAUUUAUGAAUGUAAUUAUGAGAUGUCUAAGAACUGCUAAUUGUCAAGUUACUUUUUCUGUCUUUCUAUGCCUCUUUUCUAUUUCUGUUAUUUUGUUGAAAAACAAUUAAAAGAUAUUUAAAAAACAGAACCUCCGCAGCAUACAUUUCUGACAGUAACAGGUUUAAUCAUAAAUUUUGACAUGGGUGACAUUGCACAGGGUCUGAUCUACAUUUUUCAUGAGUCUACGUGUUUCAGGGUCUGAUCUACAUUUUCUCAGGAAGUAAUUGUCUAAUCAGAAUGUGGGCUGAAAAUGAGCUCAGAAUCUAAUCCUACUGCAUACAACCAGAAAAGUGCUAACUAAGAAUGUGCAGAGAGCAUUUUGGCGCCUCUAUUUCAAAGGACCAAAGCACUUCUUCGAGUUUUCCCCACUGAAUCAUUUUGGUGGGGACAAGUGAGUGCUUUAAGAGGAGGAAAGCAGGUCUUGCCUGUUGCUCCAUGGACCCUCCACCGCCCCAGCAUGGCACUGUCGGGAUUAAACACUCCACCGCGCAGCUGCAGGGCUUCUCCCUGCAGUGCACGGGCACCAUCUUGAGUGGUCAGCAUGGUGUUACUGACCACUCAAGAUGGCACCCAUGCAGAUGUCAUUUCUGUGCUGACCCCACCCAUGGGCUGCUAGGAGCAGCUGUUCGGCAGGGCAUUUAAUCCUGACAGUGUCAUGCUGGGGUGACAAAAGGGCCAUGGAAGACCAGAAAAAAGCUGCUUUCCUCCUCUUAAAACACUCAUUCUCCGCCCCCCGCGAUGUGCACGGAACACUUUGUGCACAUCCCUAGUGUUAGUGUGAAUUAAGAGUUAAUUAGUUAAGUGUUAGUGUUAAUUAGUUAGUGUUAAUUAAGAUCAUCUGGAGAGGUUUGUCACAGUCUCCACCGACUCGUCUGGUGGCUACUCAAAGAUGGGCCUUCUCCAUUGCUGUCCCGAGGUUUUGGAAUGCGCUCCCUGUAGAAAUAAGAGCCUACCCUUCUCUGACAACUUUUAAAAAGUCACGACACAUCUGUUCACCUAAGCUUUUAAUUAAAUUUACUGUUUAUACUUCUAACCUUGUUUUAAAUUUUAAAUUGUUUUAAUGUUUAAAUUUUGUUUUGUGUUUUUAUUGUAAACUGUCCCGAGACAGUUUUGAGCGGUAUAGAAAUUUGUUUAAAUAAAUAAAUAAACAAACAAACAAAUAAAUAAAUGACUUCAUGAGAGAGGUGAAUUUCCAUAUGUUGAAUUUCAAUAUGUCAUAGUCCUUGACUAUGAAACAGACACAGGGCAAUGGCCCCCCAGCCUCACACACACACACACACACCCCGGCUUCCUUAGGCACCACGGCUGGGCCCAUCAACACCUCACUCCCCUGAUUAGGAAUAAAGGCACAGGCACACCUUUCGUUUAGUAUCCAACUUCCAUGGCUCUUGGAAGUUUGCUUGCCUCUCUCGUUGCUCGAACAAGGAGCAAUUGUGCCUUGAAUUUGACUCAGAUUACUUAACUGUAUUUUGCUAUCAGUUCACAGCCUGCUGUUCUUUUUGUAAAGCCUAUUCUCAGAUGCAUAAAUGUUAUAGUAAUUGUAAUAGUAAUUUUAGAUGUUAUAGUAAUUGUGUUUUUCAUUUGUGGAGGGAUGUAUAUCCUGAAAGGCAGGAAAUGAUUUUUUAAAAUAAAUAAAUAAAUAAAAUAGUAUCAGCA